AAGCUACACUUGAGAAAAGAAUGGACCUGCUACUCCUGCCUUCACUGCACCCAUUUAACCCCUUCACCUUCCUCUCACUUUCCCCUCACAACACAAUUCUCCUUCUCUUCUCUUCUUCUUAUCCCUCCUCUUUCUUUCUUCUCCAUUCCAUCCAUUCUUUCAUUUUCCAUCUCAAUUCCAAUGAAGUUCAUUAACCCUAAAAGCCUCUCUCCCAAACGCCUUUUCCGUUCCAAGAAAGAAAAAUCCUCCGUAUCAAGAUCCGACCCGCUUUCCUUCGGGUCAGCCUCUUCCUCUGAUGAUUCCACUCAUAAAGCCGUCACCGGAGGCUCUCAAACACCUACCAGCGUCCUCCCCGAAGCGUCAUCCAGCUCGUGGUCCGAUGUCACCGUUGAAGUCCAAUGGGAGCUCGCACAAGCCUUUCAGUUAAUCGACCGCGACAACGACGGAGUCGUUUCGCGGCAAGAGCUUGAAUCCGUUCUCACGCGCCUUGGUGCUCGGCCGCCGAGCUCUGAGGAAAUCGAGAUGAUGAUAAGCGAAGUUGAUAGCGAUGGUAGAGGAUGCAUAAGCGUGGAAUCGAUCAUGAACCGGAUUGGAUCCGGUUCGGUUAGCUCGAACCCGAACCCGGAGGAGGAACUGAGGGAAGCGUUUGAGGUGUUUGAUACGGAUCGGGAUGGGAGAAUCUCGGCGGAGGAGUUGUUGAGGGUUUUUAGAGCGAUUGGGGAUGAACGGUGCACGUUAGAGGAGUGCAGGCGUAUGAUAGCGGGGGUUGAUAAAAACAGAGACGGGUUUGUCUGUUUCGAGGAGUUUUCGUGUAUGAUGGAGAUGCAGCGGUGAUGACGACGAUGGUGAUGAUGGUGAUUGUGAUUGUGAUGUUAUCUGAUGAAGAUGAUACCAUGUGAUCAUCAUGAUCAUGAUAUGCAUAAUAACAACGGUAUAAUAUAAAUAUAUUAUUAAAUGAAAAAAAAAAAGAGACAAUUUCUUUGAUUAUCUAUGCUGUUCUUCUUAGUCUGUUUUUUUUGUUGUAAAUUUUUUUAUUGCAGUAAACUAGCUUUUUGGUCUUAAAAUUGUAAGAUUAUGAAAAGUUGGGAAUUAAAUAUAAGAAAUAUUAAAUUGUUCUUUAAA